UUAAGCCUGCAUCUAUUGAUAUGUCCUGCGAAGGAGACCUUAAAAUUGGUGAAGGUGAACAGGUGACAAUAACACUGCCAAAUAUUGAGGGCUCAACUCCACCAGUGACUGUGUUCAAGGGCUCAAGGAAGCCUUACCUAAAAGAAUGUAUCUUAAUUAUCAACCAUGACACUGGAGAAUGUCGCCUAGAGAAACUUAGUAGCAACUUCACUGUGAAAAAAACCAGGGCUGAUGGAAGCAGUAAAGUCCAGUCUCGCAUAGAACAGCAACAGCAGCAAAUGCGAAAUGCAACUAAGGUUCCAAACAACAUUAAAAAUUCUCCACCAAAAGAAAAGAUGUUUCCUUCUUCUCCUAUGGAUGAUAUUGAACAAGAGCUAAAAGCAGAAGCCAGUAUCAUGGACCAGCUGAGCAGCUCUGACAGUUCAUCUGACUCUAAAAGUUCUUCGUCCUCUUCAAGUAGUGAAAACAGUUCUAGUGAUUCUGAAGAUGAGGAAAUGAAGCCCUCUCUUCCUAUGUCAAUGCCGUACUUGCAGCCGCAGCCUACUGUGUCUGCUAUACCACAACAGGCUGUCCCCGACAAAGAUGCCAAUCACAACAGAUCCCAAGAGAGCAGUGGUCAUAUGAUGAAUACACUACGAAAUGACUUGCAGCUGAGUGAAUCUGGAAGCGAUAGUGAUGACUGAACAAAUUUUUGGCCUUAAAUGUAUCACCUUUAAUGCUAAAUAUGUCUUAGCAUCUGUUUUGCACUAAGAUUAGAUUACCAGAGACUGGAAUGAAUGUCCUCGAUUUUGAUAAUAGACAUCCUAAUUUUCUACUGACACAUCAUGUCUAUAGUACAGCAGCAUUGAUAUCCUGUCAGUGCUAUGGUUAUGUGUUUAUCUUUCAAAUUACUGUAUUUACAGUAAAAUUGUAUAUGAUCUGAUUUUGAUUAUUUUUGCCUCAGCCACCUGUUUUACUUGAAACUGAUUUGUAACAGCUAGUUACUUUAUAUAAAUAGUUAUAGAAUGGAGAAAUUUCUGAUAUUUAUGGAGGCAAGUUUCCUUCCUAUCAUUUAAAUGCUGAAUGCUGAUCUCACAGCUUUUACUUGGAGGGAGUGAAAGGGAGAACAACCAAAUGAGGUCUGCUGUGUCAGCUACACUUUUUGUUCAGUUCACAGUUUAUACCUUUAAGGAAACUGCUGAAUAAUGUGGUCCACUAGUGCAGUUACAGUUUACAGUUGUUCAACACAUUGCUGAAUUCUUGAUUUCAUUAUAUUAUAGGACUUGAUAUUUUUGAGCCUCAAGAUUCCUAAGGGAACUUGUCUCUUCUCUGCCUUUUUGUGUAACUUGAAUAGGCUGGUCUUUUUACAACCUUUUUGUAUCUAAAUUUAGGUAACUGCAGAGACAGCAAUGAAUUUAUUUCAUUUAAUUCUGUAAUGGGAAUCAGAAAAUUUCUUUGUAGGAGUAUAAAAGUAAUUUAAUAAAGCAAUAUUUAUCG